AUGGCAUCCGACGAACAGAAGCCGGACGCUGACCGGUACACCGAGUCUCAGUCCCCAGAGACUGAGACUCACCCGGAUGACGUCCCGGCGCGGUCACCGACGACCGCAAGUAAAGCGACAAAGAAGCCGGCGCCGAAGCCGGGCCUGGCGACAAGAUUGGGCCUCGACGCGCCGACGCUCAUCACGAUGUUCAAGGGCUCAUUACCGCCUCUCAUCGGCAUCGCCAUCUACCAAUCCACGCCUGUGGCACAGUACUUCACAACUUUGGGUUAUCUCGUGCCAAUUAUCUCAGUGCUCGCGCUCGCCAUUCUCCCCAGAGGAAAAUACCUUCAGAAUCUCGUCCUCAAUGUUACUGGAAUCUGCAUUGGCGGUGCUCUGUCGAUGCUGGCAUUGUGGUCCGGUGUCCAGGCGCGUAGGAACACCGCUUCCGCCGAGGAAUUGGCCUCUGGAUUACCCGUCUACAACUCAAGCCAGUCCGCCGUCUGCGGCGUCUGGCUGUUCUUCAACAUUUGGAUUUCAAAUACCCUGAGAGCCAAGUACCCUGCGAUGAACCUGCCUGUCAUGAUCUACUCCAUCUUCAUGAACGUGGCCUGCACCUUUGGCCCGCUGAUGGUGACGACUGCAGCCGCCGAGUCGCUUGUGAAGCGGCUUACUGUGGCAAUGCUUUGCGCCAUGGGUAUUGCUACCGGCGUCUCACUCUUUGUUUUCCCCGUCUCCAGCAGAAAGGUUGUGAGCGGUGAAUUCAAGGGUGCCAUUGGGCUUGUUCGCAAGUCCAUCGCCCUGCAGCUCAACUACUUGAAGACGCUAUCGAGCCCGGACAUGCUUGAGCGUCACCAGACGAAGAGCAGCAACGUGUUCAAGAAGAACAAGAAGCAGAAGAAGCCCGAGAUGACGAAGGAGGCAAAGGCCGCCGGCGAGCUCAAGGCCACGGCCUUGGCGAUUUCGGCCCUGUUUGGAAAGAUGCACGGAGACAUCCUCUUCGCGAAGAGAGAUAUCGCUUACGGCAAGCUUAACUCCAAGGACAUUGGCGAGAUCUUCGACCGCCUGCGAAGCAUCAUGAUUCCAUUGAACGGAAUCAGCACAAUUGUCGAUAUUUUCCGCCGUGCCUCCGAAAAGCACGGAUGGGGGGUCAAUGAUGGCAACGGCGACUCGGACGCAGAGAAGGACCGGGAAAAGAAAGUUUGGAACGAUAUCAUGCUCCAAUUGCUGGAGCCGUUCGAAAUCCUGACGGAAGCGAUGGACCAGGGACUCGACCACGUCGGAAUCGUCCUCGAACUCACACCGAAGCCAAAGAAGACCAAGGGUGCCGAUGUGGAGAUGGAGGCUGGCGUCAAGGCCACGUCGAAGCCAGGCGAAGCCGGUUUCGCCGAAGUCCUCGCCGAGAGAGUGCAGGACUUCAACGACAAGAAGGGCGAGCUGCUCAGGAACUGGUUGAAGGAGAGACAGCUCGCGACGGAGCAGGAACGCCAGGAUCUUCACCUGAAGAAGCUCGAGACCAGGAUGCGGGAGCGCGACCAGACGCAGCUUUAUGUGAUGCUGUACAUGGAGAAGCUCAUGCUCGCCCUCGGUGAAGCGGUGCAGGAUCUGGUCAUGUUUGCAGACUCAAAGGUGGCGGACGGCACAAUGGCAAAGAAGCGCCUUAUCAUCCCUUCCCAGAAACGCCUCAAGAAAUGGUUCAAGGGUAUCUGCAGCACAGAGGAUGCUUCCCCCGAACAGACGCCGGAUAUUGCGGAGAUGGGUGCCAAUAUCGUGUAUGCCGGUGACGGAUACAACAAGAAGAAGGACCCCGAACAUCUUCCCGCUCAUGGCCUCUGGCAACACUUUGGUAACUGGGUGAGGGCAUUCUCUGCCUUUGUCGGAUCCGGUGAGUCGCUCUUCGGCUUCCGUGUCGCUAUUGCUACCAUGACAGUUGGUAUCAUGGCUUUCUUGCAGAGCACCCAGACAUUCUUCACUGAGCAACGAUUGGUUUGGGCCAUGAUCAUGAUCGCCAUCGGCAUGACCAUCACGGCCGGCCAAUCCAUCUUUGGCUUCGUAUGUCGAGUCGGCGGAACUUGCGUUGCUGUCAUCUUCUCCUACAUCAUCUGGUACAUCGUUGUCGAGCGCACCGCCGGAGUCAUCGUCUUCCUCUGGCUGUUCAUCUUCAUCGAGCAGUACUUCGUCUUGAAGCAUCCGCGAUUCAUGCCUGUAUGGCUCAUUACCAUCAUCACUCAGGUCCUCAUCAUUGGAUAUGAGCUGCAGGUUCAAAAGAUCGGGGAAAAAGCCGCCGCCGCCACGGGACAACCCUACUAUCCUACCUACCUCCUGGCACCCUACCGCCUUGCCUGUGUUGCUGCUGGUUGCUUCAUCGCGUUCGUCUGGACCAUUUUCCCGGCUCCCAUCACCGACCGGCGCUGGCUCCGACGGGACCUCAGUGCCUCGCUCUAUCUCCUCGCCAACUACUUCAGCGUCGUGACUGAGACAAUCAAGGCGACGAUGGAAGAGACUCACGGUGACAUCAAGAAGCCCGGUACACCUGCACACAAGAUGGAGAAGGAAAGGCGUCGCAUCCUGGGUAAGCUGCUACUGCUGCUCCCUAGCUUGGACCAGCAUGCGCAAUGGCAAAAAUGGGAACCCGAUAUCGGCGGCAAGUUUCCCAGAGCCACCUACGAAGACAUCAUCAGACGGUCGACCAGCACCAUGCGGUAUCUGACACUGAUUGCCUACACCAUCACAUGGAAGCCGCGUGACAGGUCAGCAACUCCCUCGUCCGACAGCGACCGGGCCUGGCUGCGCGCUCUCAACCAGGUUCUCGCGGGGAUUGAACCCACUCAACACACCAUUCUCUCCACACUUACGCUCUUGUCCAACUCGCUGCUGUCGGGCCAGUCACUGCCGCCCUUCAUGCAACUUCCGAGACCGAAUGAGCUCACCCGCAAGCUCCUCCACCUCAAGGGCCCCGAGCCGGAGCCACGGGCUAUGCAAAGAAGAGGCAGUGAGCUCGAGCACAGACUCGUCACGGUGCACACGCGCACAGGAUCGGAAGUUCGCCCGUCAGGUCGGAAGCCCAGCGUGGUGGAAUCGCCAACGAGCGACACUUCGAUGAUUGCGAGUAUGGCCGAGUUAUCGGAGAUGGUCAGCCCCCUCGGCAGCGGAAGCAUUCUCGACGUGAGAAAUGUGGAGCAACACGGAUAUACCGAAUUCGCGGUGCUGCAGGUUUGCAGCUCGCUUGUGUGCGAUGAUUUGGAAGGCUUGGUGCGGUCUGUGAGCAGUUUGGUUGGUGUUGUGGACUUCAGCUUCAGGAUCAACCCGAGCGAGGCGACAUUGACAAGCAGUGAUGAGGAGGAUGCCAGAGGGAAAGGCAAGCGAGAUUAA